AUGGCCGACCUGCAAGAGCCGCAUUCGCUGGCCUCGACGUUCCCGAACCCGCCUCCGUUCUGGAAAAACUUUACGCCCGCCAAGAUCGCGCGCAUCGAGACGCUGCGAAACUCACACGGCGUCGGCGGCGGCGGGGUGGCGGCGAUGCGCGUGCCGGGCGUGCCCGACGACCUCAUCAACCUGCAGCCUCCGCCCGAGCCCGUCGACGGAAGAUGGAGGGUGUUUGGAGACCAGUACAUGCUCGAUGACAAGCUGCCUACGCUCGAGGAGCAGGGCAUCGCCAACCUGUCGGAUCCAGGCCCCCCCAGCUCACGGGAAGACAAACACUUUGAUCGCGCAUUUGAGCUCAAGAGGCUAGCCAAGUCUCUGCUCCUCAACUUUCUCGAACUAUCGGGCACGCUCGCUCACACCCCGUCGUCGGCCGAGGCCAAGAUCCAGGACCUGCGCACGCUCUUCAUCAACAUGCACCACAUCCUCAACGAAUACCGGCCGCACCAGGCGCGGGAGUCGGCGAUUGAGAUGAUGCAGGACCACCUGGACCGCACGCGCGCCGAGACGGUGGCGAUCCGCACGCAGGUAGACAAGACGCGGCGCGUACUCGAGGGGCUGGGCAGCCUAGGGAUGGUCGGGGCGGGAGGCGGCACGGACCAGGAUCGACGCGAGCCUAUCGAGGACGAGGACGUGGAGGAGCUGGCGACGGAGCGAGACAUGCUGAUGUGGGCUGCGACGGACGCGGCGUUUGCCUAA